AUGGCGAUUUUCGACUCGGAAAAACGCCCUCGAGGCCUGCGCGUUCCAUCGCUGACGGCUAUGAAAAAUGGCACCUCCGCCACAAAAUCCCAAUUCUCCUUCCACAGCAAGAAAUCCACCGAUUCGCAACUGGACUCUUCGUCGACGCCCAGUUUGACCACGAUAGUCCCUGCGUCGACUCCUGCACCACCACCAAAGACCAAGGCUAUUCCGCCGCCGAAUAAGGAUCUCCCCCCGACUCCUAAGGAGGAAUCACCGCAACCGGUCUCUGCUCAGGUGCCGCCGAGGUCUUCGUCAAUGGUGCCUCCUCGUCGAGAAGUACUGCGCAAACCACCACCGGAUGGGGUAUCGCCAGUCGUUACUUCGCCAGUCGCUGCUUCGCCGGCUGCUGCUUCUCCUGUUGUUACUGCGUCCAAGACGGGGUUGCGACAAGCUUCGCAGAAAUCGCAGCAGUCUCCCAUUGCUGCAACACCGGCAGCUGUUUCGCCGCAAGCCCCACUACAGUCGCAAUUGCAAUCGCAAUCGCAACCUCGACCGGCGCAAUCGCAGCCUACAUAUACACAGCCGCAAGCGCAAGCGCAGGCCCGGCCGCAAUAUCAUCAACAACAACCACCCAUCACUCAAUCCCUCCCGGUCUACCACUCCGUGCAAACCGGCGCACCACCUCCAGCCACAAACCAAGCAUCCCGAGGCCCAGCACCCAUUCCACAGACACAACCCCCCUACCAAACCCAAACCCAAUCCCAAGCACAAGCACCACCACCAAACCCAACCGACACCCUCACCCCUCUAGAAGACUUCAUCCCCACACCGGAAGGUGCCAGCACCCCUCUCGACCAAACCUCCAGCGACGAACAAGCCUCCUAUUCCGACGACAUCGAACCCAUCGCGGCACCGCUAAGCAAAAUCCACUAUGCCUGUUUCCAGGAACAUCGGAAUAUGCCCGUUGCGCAGAAUACCUGGUGUCCCGUGCCGUGUAUGACGUGUCAGAAGAUGGAUCGGGAGAUUCGGCAUCGGUGUGUGUUUUGUUGUUUGCGCGUUUGCGAGGGGUGUUAUCUUGCGUUGCAGAGGUGUGGGAGGAGGUCUUUGGCGGAGUUGAUGGGGCAGUUGAACGAGAGUGGGAGUGGGAAUGGGAAUGGGAAUUGA